AUUGCGUCACUCAAAAACGGUCUCACUGAUUGACAGACGUGGUAAAUUUAUUUUAUUUAAAGGAUUUCUCUGAGCUGCUCGAGGUUGAGAGUAACUUAAAACCAAAAAGAAAGAAAAGUUAAAGACAACGCGCAAUGGCUGAUUCGGACGACGAAUACGACCGCAAGCGACGAGACAAGUUCCGCGGGGAACGCAGUGACAGCUACCGCACGGAACGCCGGGACGACCGUCGCCCGGUGGGCGGAUCCGCCGGCGCCCGCGACGAGUGGGCGGAUCGCAAUCCCUUCAGGGGCGGAGCUUCGGCAGGAAGCGGUGGGGGAGCCCGCCACAGGCCGGACUACAGCGACUACCGAGGACCUGGGCCCAGGGCCCGCUAUGGAUCGCCCGGCCGUGAUCUACCUCCCGCUAAACGGAUGCGCCCAGAUUGGGGCGACGGAGAUGUACGCGCCAAUCCUCGGUUCGGGGGCUAUGACCCGUAUUUGAUGCAAGCCUGGAACGACCACUACCAGUCCAUGCACUCCGCCUACUCCCACGCAGGCCAUGCCCCACCUCCUCGGGAGUCUGUAAGCGGCGGCGGCGAUACUUUGACUCAGCCGGCCAUGCUCAACUUGAAACAAUUCCUCGACACUCAGGACGAGAACAUCUCCGAUUCUGAAGUGAUGCGCAAGUACACCGAAUACAAGACGGACUUCAAGCGCCAGCAGCUUAACGAGUUUUUCGUGGCCCACAAGGACGAGGAAUGGUUCAAAAAUAAAUACCACCCCGAGGACAGUGUAAGGCGCAGCGAGGAACAGCGAGGCUUUCUUCAGAGGAGAACUGAUGUUUUCGUGGAGUUGCUCGAGAACGGAACUAUUGGAGGGGUGAAAGUGGAUUCCUCGCAAGGUGAUGCCCUGAUCCGUGUGUUGGACACCUGUGUUAUUAAACUGGAAGGCGGCACUGACGAGGAUCUCAAAGUGCUAGACGAGAAGCCAAAGGAUCCGGUAGUCUAUGACCGCAAGGCGGAGGUCAUAGGUUCUGCCAGGACGACAGACGAAACAAUAAAGAGUCCCAAGGAGGAGAAGGUGAAUGAGGAAGGUUCGUUCCCAGUCGUCUCUCCUCAGCGGAAAACUGAAAAGUCUGUCAAUUCUGAUGAGGAAAACUGGGAUGAGGAGGAAACUGAAAAUGUUCUGCCCAAGAAAGAGGUGAUGGAGGAUUCUAAGGUGAUCGAUUCCAGCACUGAGGACAAGCAUCCAAAUAAGAAAAAGACUAAAAAACGCAAACGGAAUAACAGCGAUGAUGACAGCUCCUCUUCCGACUCGGAAUCCAGCUCUAGCUCAGAUGAUGAGAAGCUUAAGGAGAAAUACGACGUGGAAGACGGCAUAAGAAGUCAGCAAAAAGCCGAUGCGGAAAACGACAAGCAAGAAACGGCAAAUGCAAAGGUGGCACAGAAAAGUCCUCAACCAGAAAAGGUUCUAGAAAAUGCAGUUUCUGAGGUCGAAGACCCAGUCGCAGAAAGGAAUACAGAUGAGAGUGACGAGGCAGAAAAGUCCCCGGAAACAGCAUUAAGCGCGGCAAGGGAAAAUGGAAACGGGGGCAAAGCAGAAGCGGGGGAAGAAAAGCGUUCUUCUGAUGAAAAUAAUGCAGUCGAAACCGAGACCAUUGACCUAGACAAAGUGAAGGAUGGUCAACCAAGAGCUCUGCAUCGCACCUCCUCUAUCUUUCUGCGCAACCUAGCCCCCUCUAUAACAAGAGCCGAGAUUGAGGGCGUUUGCAACCGUUUUAACGGAUACCUUAGAGUGGCAAUUGCAGACCCCUUAGUAGAGCGCCGUUGGUAUCGCCGCGGCUGGAUAACCUUCAUGCGGGACGUCAACAUUAAAGAAAUUUGCUGGGGCUUGAACAACCAGCGGCUGCGGGACUGCGAAAUGGGAGCGAUUGUCAAUCGAGACUUGAGUCGACGGGUACGCCCAGCCAACGGUAUUACCGCCCACAAGCAGGUGGUGCGAUCUGACAUUAAACUGUGCGCCAAGAUCGCUUUAAAUCUGGACGAAAGGUUUAAUCUGUGGACUGAUACAGCAAACAAAGCAAAUGCCAACCGUGUGAGCAAAUUUCCAGCGAAUGGCAGUUCUUCCACGUAUGGCUUCAAUUCGAAAAAUCCGGUGUUGCAAAACAUCACCGAUUACCUUAUCGAAGAGGCGUCCGCCGAGGAGGAAGAGCUUUUGGGUCUCACCGGCGAGAGCAAGGACAGUGAGGGUGAACCUAUUGAGCGUGACGAGCAGUUAAUAGCCGUUCUGGACCGCCUAGUACUUUAUUUGCGUAUCGUGCACUCCGUAGAUUAUUACAAUCACUGCGAAUAUCCAUACGAGGACGAGAUGCCCAAUCGGUGCGGCAUCAUCCAUGCCCGCGGUCCGGCACCUGCUCGGACGACCAGCAACGACGUGCAAGAGUAUAUCAAGACCUACGAGAGCAAGCUUCAACAGUUUCUCACCAAGAUAGUUUUACUCAGCGACGAAGAGAUUAAGGACCUUGGCGCCAAGGACGCCGAGACCGAGGUGGAAAAGUUUGUGCAGGCAAACACUCAGGAGCUGGCCAAGGACAAGUGGUUAUGCCCUCUGUCGGGAAAAAAGUUCAAAGGGCCCGAGUUCAUUCGCAAGCACAUCUUCAACAAGCACGAGGAAAAGGUAGACGAGGUGCGUAAGGAAGUGCAGUACUUUAACAACUACCUGCGCGAUCCCAAACGCCCGCAGCUUCCCGAGCACCCAGGCAGCUCAAAGCGCCCGGAAUCCGAUUCCACACGAGGAGGAGGCUACCGCGCGCCAAUGUACCCACCAUUUUCGGCGAUGCCUUACGGCUUUGGCCCACCCAUGAUGGGUGGGGGUCGUGGAGGACGCAACUUUCCUCCUGUUCGCAGAGAAUUGCCUUUGGAACACCAGCGCCGGCUUAUCGGUUACCAUGAUUUGGAUGCGCCUGCCAAUUCCGAUAUGUUUGACUAAUUGAUUAGCACAAUACAAAAAGGCCAUCUCGAUGCAGCUUUUAUUGGCGAGCUCAUGUUUUAAAAGCAGUUCAAGCAAUGCUAGGAACGGUAUCUACUGCAUAUAAAGAUGGUUUAUAUACGACUACUGAUAUCCGUUUUCCUGUACAAUAUUAUGCCAAUUGUAUCAAGAAUCCAACAAACAGCGUUGAUAACUUUCAUUUCCAGAAAUAAAUGCGUAUCCAUAGCCUAAAACAAAAA